GCCACAUCCCAUCAUCGCUUGGGGUAAUCCUCCGGACCACAGACAAGAUUGUUUGGGCGAAUGAGUUUGAGCCUGUAGAGCUGACCUGCCUGAUAGAGUCCAUCUCUACAAACAACCCACGGAUAGAAUGGAAGAAGAUAAAAAAUGGCAUCCCCAGUUAUGUCUACUUUCAGAACAAAAUAUCAGGGGACUUGGAGAACAGAGCUCAGCUCAGAGAGCCGGCCAACAUUCUGAUCUUCAACACAUCUCGAAGAGACACAGCAGAAUACCGCUGCGAGGUGGCCGCCAUCGAAGAUCAGAGAGACUUUGAUGAGAUUCUUAUUAGUCUCGCAGUUAGAGUGAAACCUGUCGUGCCGCGGUGCAGCAUCCCUGAGAGGGUCACAGUCGGGACAUCGACCGAGCUGAGGUGUUUGGAGAACGAGGGCUUCCCUGCUCCUCAGUAUCGCUGGUUUCACAACAGUGAAGAACUUCCUCAGGAUCCCAAAAACAGCCAGAAAUACACUAACUUCUCCUACACCAUCAACCCCGACACCGGGAGCCUGAAAUUUCGACGGGUGAGGAAAGACGACGCAGGCGAGUACUACUGCCAGGCGAAGAAUGAUGCAGGACACGCUCGGUGCCAACCACAAAUGAUGGAAGUCUGUGAUGUUGACUACCUUGGAAUUUUCCUGAAAGCCUUCGGUGGAGUGACUGUGUUAGUCUGUUUAUUCGCGUCGAUUUAUUCCAUCAGACGCCUGCGCUAUCACCAGAAAAGUCACAGUGGCAACAACUACAACUGGUCACCACGGAAUGGUGCUGUUGAAUACGGUGACGCAGACGAGGGUCAUUUCCGCCACAAGUCGUCAUUCGUCAUUUGACAGCCGACAAUCCAAACAAGGCGAAAACAACCACUGCUGAGGUUAACUUGCAACAAUGAUCCUCAUGUUAAUAAAGUUGAUGGUGAAACGUGGCACAUUUUUCUCUCUGAUGCACAUACAAAUCUGCUCAACUGACUUGCCAAAGUAUCAAAUAAAGUUGUGGCACCAAAUAUUUGUUCAUGCCACGGACCUGUUUUCUAUUUCUUCUCUUUGUACUGGUUUUUGUUAAAACAUUUGUCCUUGCUUGACACUACUUUUCAGUUUUUUUAAACUCAUUUUCCAACAAAAUUGUAUCUUACAAAUGGGAGCAUUUCAAAGCUGUGAAGUUUGAUAUUUGGCCCCUCGGUGUUAUCACAAGUUACUGUAAGCUAACAUCCCUCACCUGUUUUUGAACAAAUCCUUUUUUUUUUAUAAAUUUUUUACUGAACAAAGUUGUUUUAAAAAAUUGUUUACAUUAUAUCAAAAAAUACAGAUUUAAUGGUCUCGCAUGCUAAUGAGCUGAAAGGGGCAUUUGUAKAUAUUCUGUAGAUAUUCAGGCAAUUAGUAGCAGACUGCAAAAGGCUGAAGACAUCAGACUCAUAAGGCACACUUUCUCAGCCUUUACUAUAGUCCAAAGUGUUAACAGGUAUGUCUAAGUACAAAUUAUAAAUUUGAUUACUGUAUACUAUGCUGCAAGUCAUUAUGUCAUUAAAAAAGGUGGUAACAUUUGACUUAUUGGAGUGCCGUUUCUGUGUAUAAGUGACCUUUUGUGCUUUACUAGUUAUUUUGUCAGUAUUGGACAUAUUGUCCAGUUUGGGUUCCAUAUAUGUAUAUAUUUACAUAAUUUUUUAUCUGUUUUCAACGCGUUGCACUCCAUAAGUUGUUGUAAAAUAGUGGAGUAAACCAGUUUGUUGGAAAUAAUUUUGACUUUGUUUUACUGUUAAGUGUGUUUUUGUUGUUGGAUCCGUCUGUGACAACUCAGACGUGUUUAAAUGUUCGGUGUGACAGUUUACGAAACGUAAAAUGUUUGCUGUUCGUUUAGCUUCAAAGCUGUGUGUUAUUAUUUUGUUACUAUUAAAURCAUUUCAACUGCU